AUGACAUGGUGGGAGGAGACGGACGGUCCGCGUCGGAGUCAGGAGUUGGAGUCACGACUUCGCACGUCAGCAGGUCGCCUCAAUGAUGUCGUGCUCGGCGGCCCGGUGGAGGUCCUUAGGCUGUUUGAACACUGCUGGAUGUUGUCCGGCGGCAAGUUUGUCACUGACACAGCGCUGAGCACGGAGCUUAGGCUGCACUAUGCCACUGUCCAGUGGAGGGCGGGCAGCAAAGCUGGGGGUACGACUGGUAUCGAUAAGAAGGUUGAUGUUGGUGAUGCAUCAGGCGAAAGAGACGACAAGAUGGACAGCUUUGGGGACCAGCAUAGUGUCCUAGCUGAGCAAUUCUCGAAGCUCACACACGACGAUGGGUCCCCGGAUACAUUACUCCGACACACCAACUUGAACAAUCUCGUCUCGAGACUCACACCAUGGGAACUAAUAUAUCUCAGGCAACUGACAAGGGAGAGUCCUGUCAAACUUGGAGGAAUGCAAGAUCUUCCAGAAGAUUUAGUUGCCAUGAUAUCCCGGUAUCUACGCCUAGGCGACGCUAUGAAAUGCACACUGGUUUCCAAAGCAUGGCGGGAGAAAUGGACAUCUCACACAGUCGUCAAAGACAUUGCAAUGACCUACUUUCCUGGAUUGACUGCGUCAUCCCCGGAUGCGUCAGCCUGGGAUCUUCUUCGUCCCAUCGCCCAAAAGGCCAUAGCUCGUACUGAAGGCAAAUUCAUUUCCUGGCUCGCUGUUAGGACGGCUGACGUGCCUCUGCUGGACUGCACCGCCCUGAAACUCGAUGAUCGCAGCCUUGAACUGGCCAAGUCUAAGCCCAAGCCCAAGCCCUCGAGAGUUUUCAUUAGUGACAAGUGGGGAGCGGGCUUGCAGGUCGACCUUGGCUUUGCUUAUUGCAAUGGAAAGGUCGCCUGGCAGUGGGAUGCCUACAGAUUCUUCAUUGACGACAUCCGAGCCUUGACAAGGAAGCUCGUAUCACCGCCCGAUCUUGUGCUAAAGGGUGACAGAGACUUCAUGGUCUCUACGAUGUCGGAAAACCUUCUUGUUCUUGCCAAUCAACUUAACCAGAGGGCGCUUAUCGUAUAUAACCUUGAAACGGACCAGCACCGUCGUAUCACCCUCCCUGACCGCAUGGUGGACAUACAAGCCCACAAGGAUACAUUCGUCGUCAACUUCAGCAGCGACUACUUUGCCAACUAUAAAUCCGCAACCCCGCCUCAUAUCUGGCACUGGUCUACUGGCCUCGUCAAGCUGGAGGUUCCUGACUUUGCUGCGGCCCAAGAGCUUGGCUUGGCCCAUGUAUGGCAAGAAGACACGGAAGAAGGCGUGGACUUUCCCGAUCGCUUUAUUUUUCACCCAACGAAACCUCACAUUCUCUACUUUGUCAAUGCUGUUCUAGACUAUUCAAAGACGGAUGAUGAUAUUGAUGACGACAGUGAAUCUCAGGCUGAAGCUGAGAAAACACCUCUUCGUUCACGCCCUUCUAUCCUCCUCGUAAAAGUUCACAAAUUCGAAAAAAUGAAUUUUGUCGAAACUUUCAGGUACAAGUCUACUAUUGAGUCGCCGGGUAUUCCACGAUUUGCAACGCACUGCCGACCGAUGAAUGCCUUCGGGCUCUGCAAUAUUGGUAUACUAUACAGGCCACUUUCGAGGGGCAAAGUCACUACUGAUAGUGGACUGCCCGGCUCGAAACUUGUAAAGACGCCUAGCCUUUCCAUGUUACACCUCAAUUUCAAUACGGCGACGGAGUCAUUCGUGUUGGAACAGAGAGUUUUGAAGGGCAUGCGGAGGCCAAUAUGGGACAGCGGUUCUUUGGAUCCAGCACAGGCCGGUGGUAUCUUGUGGAACGACUCUAUCCAUUAUGUUCAGAACCAGACACCCCAACUUGAAGGUCAUCGUACUCGAUGGAGACAUGAAGGCGAGGGGCAGGUCCAAAGAUCAAUCUGCAUCGCCAACAAAUCAUCGACGUUGGUCCUGGACACCACCAAGCUCUGGUUUAGAGAGCCCGUCCACGGGUAUCACGGGGAGAAAUUCCGAAGCAUGGCGGUGGACGAUGACUUUGUGAUAGGCCUCUCCGGGAGGAGCUACGUCGUAUACAACUUUGGCGACCCGCGUCUUAAAGGAGGGCCCUGGUCCGAGGCUCACCGGGUGCGGCAUUACACGGCCAAAGACACGGACUGUCCCGUAUGGGGGUGCUUCGGGCCGAGCAAUUCAAGGGGAUGCCUGAGUUGCGGCGUGGAAGGGAAUUCGGUUGACGGCUCCGACAAUGACUGGGAUACUUCGGAUGACGAGACAGGCCGUCCCCAAAGAGCGGAUGAGGCUUUCGGUGGCAAUACUACUGGCAUUCUUCAGGCCACUCGCAGAUUAUUUCCGCCAGGCACAUACUUGGGCUGA